AUGGAUUACUGGAUCCGAUUGAUGUCAUUACUGGAGAAUGUUGGUCUGUCUGAUUCGGUGGAUGAUUUUCUGGCGUGGUCGGGGAAGGGAGAUGGAUGUUCACCGCUAAAGCUUGCAGGAGGAAACAGUUCAACAUUUGUUCAUAUCGUGUCUGGUUGCAUGGACCUAUGGAGCAGUUUCUGGAGGUUAUGGGGAGUCUCGUCAGUUUUGCCUAAAGAUCCAGUUUCUUUGUUGUCUUCAUGGUCGGACUUAAGGCCAAAGUCAAUAAUAUGGAGCUUUAUACCGGGGGUUGACUCUCUUGUUAGGGACCCUACACUUGCUGACAAGCAUCAGACUAGGGAACCUAAAAGGAUGAAGGAUCAGGGAUGGCUUCCUCCUCCACUUCAUUUUUUUAAAGUUAACGUUGAUGGGGCAGUUAGUGGGGAUGGGCUGCUGGGGGGAAUUGGGGGCAUUUUAAGAUACUCGGAAAGGAAAAUUCUUGGGUCUUUCUCGCACGCUGUUGGUCCAGGUCCUCCUCCACUCGCCGAGCUGAAAGCCAUUGAGAAAGGCAUUGACUUCUCUCUCGUCGGAAUGGGCGAUGAAAGAAAGGUUAAUUAUUGA